UUGUUGUGAGUCCGGAGGCAGCCGCCGGGAACCGUCUCCGAACAUGCGCUGACCCGCCGGCCUGUGACGAGCUGGAUCGAGGCGCGCCUCCCCCGCCGUCACGCUGCUCCCCAGCCGGUGUGCUCGCUGCCAUGGAGGUGGGCAGCCUCCCUGUGGAGCUGUGGCGGGUGAUCCUGGCCUACCUGCCGCUCCCCGACCUGGGCCGCUGCUGCCAGGUGUGCCGCGCCUGGAGGGAGCUCAUCCUCUCCCUGGACAACACCCGCUGGAGGCAGCUGUGCCUGCGCUGCCCCGAGUGCCGCCAUCCCAACUGGCCCAGUCAGCCCCACCUGGAGCCGCCGUCCUGGAGGGAGGCGCUGAGGCAGCACGCCCUGGCCAGCCGCACCUGGGCUCAGAACGGACCCGAGCUCCAGUCCUCCACCUGCCUCCUCUUUUUCCGCCGACGGAAGGACCGCCGGGUCUGGCACGUGGGGCCGGGGUGCGAGUUUGAAACCCUGCGCGGCGCCCUGGGGGCGGCUGGGCCAUAUGACCGCGUGGUUCUCCACCCCGGUGUGUACGAGGAGCAGGCGGAGCUGACGCUGAAGGUGCCCGUGGAGCUGGUGGGUCUGGGCCGCCUGGGUGAGGUGGCCCUCCUGGUGUGCAUGGAGCAGCAAUGCCCCACUGCCAGGCUGUGUAACCUGGUGUUCAUGCCCCCCUGGUUCUCCACUGUGGUUUACAAGACGUCGUGGGGUCACGUCCAGCUCGAUAACUGCAACUUUGAGGGGGCUCAGCUGCAGAUCCGCGGCCCAGGAACCUGCCAGGCUCGCUUCUGCUCCUUCUCCCAGGGCAGCUCGGCCCACCUGCUGGGUGUCGUCCUCAGUUUAAUGGACAGCUGCGACUUCUCCGGAAGCGACACCGCCUCGGUGACCGUGGAAGGUCCGCCGCUGUCAGAGAGGAACUGGGCUUGCAAACACUUGGCCGCUUUGGCCCGGACGUUCCCGUCUUGCGGCGUGUCUGGGAAUAACAGUUACUCAUCAAGAGGCCCGCAGGCUGGCUCCGCUGGUGGGCCUCAGCCUCCGGGUAAUCAUGUCAAAAAGGAGCAUGUGAGCAUGGAGGACUGGCAGCGGAGGACUGGGGUGGAUGCACUGUGUCAGGGCACGGUGAUCGAAGACGGCUGGAGCGACGGCGAGCACAGCGAGGGGGAGGAGGAGAACCGAGAUGGAGAAAAGACCAACGACACCAAAAACCCAUUUACAUUGGAUUACAAAAUCUCAUACGACAAUCAUGGACUGUCCCAUUUGCUCAAGCCCCGGGCAGACGGCUCUCUGCCCCUGGCCUCCUCUCCAGACCCCCUGCCUGUGACCCCGGAACCCCUCACCCUUCAGCAGGAGCUGGACCGGGACCCAGAAGCUCAGAUGCUGGCAUCGUCCACCCUCGGCUGCAUCCUCAGACGCUGCCUCUUCAGGGAAGGGAAGGGGGGGGUGCAUCUGUCUAACUAUGGGCAAGCUCGGCUGGAAGGCAACGUUUUCCGUGGGCUCAACUACGCUGUCCGCUGCAUCCAGAACUCCACAAUAGUGAUGCUGAGAAACGAGGUGUGUGAGUGCCGUGCGUCGGGUGUCUUCCUGCGUCUCUCGGCUCAGGGCCUCAUCGCCGAAAACAACAUCCACUCCAACGGAGAGGCGGGCCUGGACAUCCGGAAAGGGGCGAACCCCAUAAUUCUGUGCAACAGAAUACACAGUGGUUUGCGUUCUGGGGUUGUUGUCCUUGGCAAGGGAAAAGGUUCAAUUCGGAGCAAUUGGAUCUAUAACAACAAGGAAGCGGGCGUGUAUAUUCUCUUCAGUGGGAAUCCUGUGGUCAGUGGGAAUCACAUCUUCCAGGGCCAGGCAGCUGGGAUUGCUAUAAAUGAAAAUGGCCGAGGAAUAAUAAAAGAUAAUGUGAUCAAAGAAAACCAGUGGGGGGGUGUAGACAUCCGAAGAGGAGGCGACCCCAUCCUGAGGAACAACUACAUCUGCUACGGCUUCUCAGACGGCGUGGUGGUGGGAGAGAGAGGCCGCGGACUCAUUGAGGGAAACCACGUCUACUGUAACAAAGGCUGUGGCGUGUGGGUUAUGUCGUCCAGCCUCCCGCAACUCCUGGGAAACUACAUCACCCAUAACUGUAUGUACGGGCUGGCCGUGUUCUGCAGGAAAGACCCGGACAACAUCGAGGCCAGGGAGGGUAACUGGCCGGGCCAGGAAGGGAUCGCCGGAGACGGAGUCAGCGGGGAAAGGAGAGGAAUAGAAGGAGAAGGAAGAGAAGUGCAGGAGAACCUCAACGAAGAGGGGGAACUGUUUGCGUGGGAGAGCGAUCUGGAAAGCGAGGAUGAGCGUCACUCUGCCCGUCGCUCCACCAGUGUAGCGCUGGUGGAGGGCAACUGCAUGAGCUACAAUGGAGCCGUUGGUCUGUAUGUGAAGAGCAGCGAGGCCCUGAAUGUUUUCGCUAACCUUGUGAACAGUAACUGUGGCACUGGAAUCGCUGUGCUGCAGAGCAGUCAGCUGACCCGGCUGGUCACUAACUGCAUCCUUGAAAAUGGUCGAGCUGGUGUUACGGUGGAGAAAGACUGCCGAGUGGAACUUCGUGGUAAUGGCAUCUAUGAAAACAACGGCCAUGGCAUCAGUUUCAGUGGCAACGGGCAGAUUGCAGAGAAUGAUGUGGUUGGAAACCGUGGAUACGGGAUCCAGGUGUCGGGCUGUGCUGACAUCAAGGUACUGCGUAACCGAGUCCAACCAGCACAGGGCUGUGGCAUCGCUGUGAUGGGACCAGUAAAAGGUGUCGUGCAUGACAAUCUCUUGUUCCAGGGCCAUCCUGGAAACAAGAAAGCACUCCUCCACAUGGAUCCUGGCACAGACGGCUGUGUGUUACGGAACAACAAUAUUCUAAGACACAAUAACAGCUGUACAUCUGCUCCUCCCUGGGUGCUGGAAAACCCUCCACCUCGGCCACUGGCCAACUCCCCCUCUGGCCUCUCCUCAGCCCAGUAUCCUUCCCGACUUGGAAUAUCCAUGACAACCAGGAUCAGUGCCACUGUGGAGAGUGGGUGCCACAGUGGAAGCAUGUUCUGCUCCAUCCUGUGAAUACUUGCAAGCACUUACUAUUUAAUAUGAUUGAACUGGUCAGUUAUCAUAUAUUUGGAGAACUCUAAACUUCCUCAGAGAAGACUCUCCAAAAUGAUGCUCUAUCGUUAAGGUGGAUCAAUGAGCUGGAAGAAAGAGGCUGCACCAACAUAACCACUAAAGGGACCAUCCACCUUCCGGGAUCAUAAAGGUGGCACAACAUUUUGUACAUCUGAAACCAGACUUUUGUAAUUGUACGAUGAAAUGCCAGAGCAUUCAUCAAAUGUGGACUCACAAUGUGAAGCUGGAGGACAAGACAUUUAAGCAUUGUCACCAUCGUACUAUACCUUAACCAUUUCUAUACUAAAGCUUUAACUUUAUCAUGUUCUCAGAUUUCAUGUACAGGAUCGCUGUAGACUUUGUAUUUUUGUCAUUUUGCUUCUGAGACUUACUUGUUAGGAUGUGCACAUGUAUCCAAGUCCUAGCAGGAAUCUAAACCCCCAUUCAGACCUGCUAUUAACAUCCAUCCUGAGUGAUCUAAUGACAAGUGGUCAGCAUUAAGUUUAGGUAAUGAACACAACCAAAUGCGUCCUGAGAUCCAGUCGCAAUCGGAGGUGGUAGUUUAGUUUCACAAUGAUUCAAAAGUAUUUUUUAUCAGUAUCCAUGUUUAUUUAUUCAUGGCCAGUGUCACAAAAUCAACAGUCUAACACAUAAUUUGUGAUACUAGAUAGAUUCAUUCUUUCAGCCCAUCCUGACUCCUCACUCUUUACCCUCUCUCGCUUGCACCGACAGUGACAGACACAUCCGUAAACUCAGACUUGGUCAAAACGACAUGAUUUGGUAUUCAGAAACCGAACUGACGUGUGUUUAUUUGCAUAUCGAACUGGAGAAGGGGGAUCCGAUCACAAGUGGUCACUCAAGAGACACAUCCAGGACGUGUUUUAAUGCCCGGUGUGAACAGACAAACGUAUCACUGUCAACUUGCUAUCAGAUCUCUCAGGACGGAUGUUAACACCGAGUCUGAACGGGGCCAAAGCCUCAACCAUCCUACAAAGUAAAGUUGUGCCUUGUUUCACUUCUUCAGUGAUUGUAGCUGGGGAAGGAGUUGUCAUAGUGCAAGGUGUAUAUGCAAAAAUGAUGGAGCUGCUCUAUUUCCUGGUGAGUCUGUUUUUGUAUCAUGCCCAUGUUUUUAAGAUGAAGCUUUGACUUCAUGAUGGAAUUCCGUUCAGUACACAACUUCACAGACUCACCCGGUAAUUGCAAGUUACAGAAGGACAAUUCUGUUCAGUGUGCAAUAUGUGAUGUCUACAAAAUGUGCCUCUGUUUUAUCUGUCUCGGUUGUCACCUAGAAUUUGUUUACAGCUCAAUACUCUGCUGCUUUUUUUGUAUCAUGCACAGUAAAUAUUAACUUAAAACAUCACGUAUAACUCAAGAGUUCAUCAUUUUAUUUGUCUACAAAAUGCAUCAAUAAAACAGUUCUCUCUU